AAAAAGUAUGCAUGCUUUGUUUCCUCCUUUUUUUUUUCUCUCUCUCUCUCUCUUUUUCUCUUGUUCAUUUGACUAAAAAAACAUGACAAAAGAUUCCCCUAUCGGGAAUAACGCUUGGAAGUUUGUUGAACCCGGCUCAGAUACAUUUACAAAGCUAUGUUCAACUAUAGGUGCUCAUGGUAUUCAAGUAGAACAAAUUCCUUUGCUUGACAAAGAAAACAUUCGUCACUUAAGACCUAUCCUUGGUUUUUUUAUACUUCUUCAGCAACAGCCAAUACCAGAACAAGAUACAUUACCAUCGACAAAGCAACCUAUUUAUUUCUCACAACAGACGACUCAUGAUGCUUAUGCUAUGCAUGCUUUACUUCAUAUUGUGAUGAACAUGAGUAGUAAAAUCAAUAUCAGUGAUAAUCUAGAUAACUUUAGACAUUGUACUCAAUAUCUGUCUUCCAAGUCAACAAGUGUAGCUAUUUACAACAAUCAACUAUUAAUACAAGCUUAUAAUAGAUUAUCACGCCAUUCAACAGAACAAGGCAAUACGAUCUACCGUCCUAUUUCAUAUAUUCGACGAGAUGGCUAUUUGUGGGAACUGGAUGGAUUGAAAAAGUACCCGUUAAGACUACGUGCUUGUCAUGAGAAUAAUUGGUUAGAGAUAGCUCAAGAAGAAAUGACAAGGAAAAUUCAAGCACAUACUACAGUACCUGCUUCUAUAUGGGCUGUGAUUGAAGAUAGAAAACUAGUUUAUCAGCGAAGACUGAUUGGGUUGAGUUAUGUAAAGCAUAAAAUAGAAGCCAUUCUCGAUCUACAAGAGCCUAGUUGGAGAAAGAAAAUGAAUAUUCAGCAAUGGGAAGAGGAAUACAGAUUCACCAUGCAUCAUAACAAAAGGAUUCAACAAGGGCUUAUUGUAUCCAAUGAGCUGUAUAACAACUAUUGUCGAUCUUUUACUCAAUUACCACCUGAAGAACAAGAUGUUUUCAGUCACACGUUCUAUGAGUACAUGAAAAGAGAAGAUAAAAUGGAUGUAUGGCUCAAGAUACAAGAUGAUUUGCUGAGAUUGUAUGAGAGAUUGGGAAUUGAAUUUGAAAAAGACAUGAUGUUUGAGGUAAGAAGGCAGUUUGAUUACAUGCCAUUCAUUCGAUCAUUUAUUCAAGGUCUUUAUCAAGAGGGUCACUUACAUUCAAUAGUAAACAACUAAAUAUCUUAUACCACACACACAAAACCACUUGCGUCUGUAUAUUUCUUUAUAUAUAUAUAUAUAUAUACAUGCAUUAAAAAGAUUUAUUUAAUCCCAGUCUGGAAUUAGAGAAAAGUCGUAUCCAGGAUAUUUGUAAUAUGCAUAAUAAGCAAUGUAUAAAUGAUAAACGCC